UUCCUCGCGAACGCCGCUGCCGCAAGCAUGGUGAACGUACCGAAAACCCGCCGGACUUUCUGCAAGAAAUGUGGCAAACAUCAGCCCCACAAAGUCACACAGUACAAGAAGGGCAAGGAUUCUCUGUAUGCCCAGGGAAAGCGUCGUUAUGACAGGAAGCAGAGUGGUUACGGAGGUCAGACUAAGCCUAUUUUCCGGAAAAAGGCUAAAACUACAAAGAAGAUUGUGUUGAGACUUGAAUGUGUCGAGCCCAACUGCAGAUCUAAGAGAAUGCUGGCCAUUAAGAGAUGCAAGCAUUUUGAACUGGGAGGCGAUAAAAAGAGAAAGGGACAAGUGAUCCAGUCCUAAGCUUCAUCUUUUAUUAUGAAGACAGAAAUCCUGGGCUGUGACAGACUGAUGGAACAAUCCAUGUUUUAGGAGGGAAAUUAAGGAGU